AGUGGUAAGUGACGUGACGACAACACCUCAUAGAAACCUAUUGCUUGUGUAAACAGACCCACCCUAUUUUCCAGGAUUUUUGGAGAGGCAGGCUCAGUAAUAUGAGACUUGAUUUAUUUGAAGUUCCUAUAGCUCACAGUACACGUUUUAUAUAAAUUUAGAUAUACAUAAUACAUUUUUAAUCUUUUAAUGUGUUCUUCAACUCUGCCUGUGUCUUUUAAUUUUAAAUGUAACAAAGUAUAAGGCCCUCAGUUUCUGUUAUCCCUGAUGAAUAAUUUUAGAUUGUGCUGCCAGUUCUGGUUUCUGUAACCUGCCUUGAGGUGUCUACCAUAGUACAAUCAAGUGGCGCGAGAGGCGGCACUUCUUUAAGGGACUGAAAUACUGAAAAUCUUGAACAACUUUCAGUUAUUUUGAAAAGAACUGCACGAAAUAAUAACGCAGUGAACGAAUCUGUUAAUCCAGAUUUUUGUAGGUUUCUUUUGAUUCAUAUUCUGUUUCGUUCUAACCUGUAUAGGUGAGCGUCAUUGAUGGCCGAGUAUAUGAUUGGCUGCGCUGCUCAGGUAGCUGCACGUGAGGUAACGCUCGCGACUUGCCUUCAGUUCCAGCGCUUGGCGUUUGCUGUAGUUGUAUUCUGUGAUCAAAACUCGGAAGAAAGCGGCGUAUAAUCGAAUGAAGAAAAGAUAGUCUCACAUAUAGCAGUUUUAGACAGAUGCAUAUUGUUCUCUUUUUUUGAUCGGGGUUUUUAAUCGGCAAACCGGUUUGUUUAAAUCCGUUGUUUGGAGGCGUCAUCAAACCAACCUGCUUUAGAACGAAACGCAAGUUACUCGGUGUAUCGGAAGCUCUUCGUGACAAACGUUGAAAACUGGCUUUGAUGAGGAUGUUGGAUUUGGAUUUCCUAGUGGUUAUACACCUGGUCAUGCUAGGUUUUUGGACAUGUGAAGCUCAAGUGUGUGGUCAGCCUCCCAUAACUAACAGGAUUGUUGGAGGAACUAAUGCACUGGACGGUGCUUGGCCAUGGCAAGUGGAUAUUCAGACCAGUGUGGAUGGUCACAUUUGUGGAGGUUCCAUUAUCUCAGAAGACUGGGUUUUGUCUGCAGCACAUUGCUUCCAACAGCCAAUAACUACAUCAAUUUAUCUGCUUUACCUGGGCCGGUACUAUCUCAAUGGCAAUAACCAGUAUGAACAGCAAAAGAGUGUGGCUAAUGUGGUGAUUCUGAACGGAUAUACAGAUACCGAGCAUGGCAAAGACCUGGCUCUGGUGCAGCUAGAUAGCCCAGUCACCUGGUCAGACUACAUUCAGCCAAUCUGCCUGCCUUCUGCCAGCACCCUGUUCCCUGAUGGAAUGCCCUGCUAUGUCACCGGUUGGGGCUACACCCAGGAGGGUGUUUCCCUUGGUGGUGCGGGGAUCCUACAGCAAGUGGAAGUGCCCAUCAUUGAUCAAAAUACCUGUCAAUCAAUGUACCAGAUUGGGGCAGUUAGUCCUGUGUCUGUUCUGUCGGACAUGAUCUGUGCUGGCUAUCAACAGGGUGGCAAAGAUUCUUGUCAGGGGGAUUCAGGUGGACCUCUCGUGUGCCAAGUGAUAAAUAACACCUGGGUGCAAGCUGGAGUGGUGAGCUUUGGGGAUGGUUGUGCCCAGGCCAACCGACCUGGCAUCUAUACCAAACUGUCCAGCUACACUGACUUCAUCAAAAGCAACGUGCCUGAUGCCCAGCUCAUCGAACAGAGGAGCAUAAAGGAGCAGAAAUCACAUGGUUUCUCUACCUAACUAGCUGGCUAUGAGCUUGUGGUCUUCCCUUACUGAGACUGUCCCUUUGCAGUCUAAGCAGCAGUGAGGGAAGUAACUUCAAACCAUCUUGAGUAUUACAGGAUGGUAAAUUUCAUUUACACUGGAGGUAAAGGGUCUGUUUCUUGCUCAUUAUUUUUUUGUUUAAGAAUACUGUAUACCAGGUAAAUUCUGUUCACUUGACAGUAAUUCUUAAUUUAAGUACCGCAUAGUUUAUUGUACCAUUUACACAUUAUCUGUCUGAUUCUUCACUCUUAAUGUGUGUAUGCUGAGGAGUCUAGAGCAGACCUCUAAAUAGAGGUAAAGGGGUUUCUUGUUCAAUAUUUGCUGUUAAUAUGACAACACUGCAGGGGGGCGAAAAAUCAGUUCAUUUUAAGUUAAUUUUUGGUUGCCUAGUUUUGGUCACCCGAGGUCAGUUUCUGCUUGGUUAAAUUGACUGUGUAUUGUACAUUUUUAUACGUUUUGCGUUUGCUUCCUAAUUGUAUUUCAUUUAUUCUUUCCUUGUAUUUUCCCCCUCAUGUGAAGUGUGUCAUUGUCAUAUCAGUAACAAUGUCCUGUUUGCACACCCCUGGGCAUUGCCCCUAUUAGAGUAGAUUAGUGGCAGCUGGUUUCAGUCCCUUUUAUCUAUCAAAGUAAAAAGAAAUAAAUAAAAAGGCUAUUUUCAUGUAUUCCAGAUUUGUCUUGUUUCCCCUGCUCAGCAUCCCAUUGCCAUUAGAAGCGACGUGAAGCAGGUGAUUUCUUGUGAAAGUCAUGAGCUGCUAGAAGAAGUGAUGAGAACUUUGAGCAUCCCAGCAGAUUAACUGUGAAGAUGCAUAAAUAGGUUCUGUCAGCAGAAAUCUAGCUUGAUAGUGUGGUGCUGAGAGAGUCAGCCACCAAAGAAGAUUGAGAAUGUGGCUAGACCCUUGGGAGAACAGGAUAGCUAAUUUUGCCUGAAGACCUGAUGUUCACCAUUGGUGUCAGCAAAAUGACUUCUGAAAUUUAAGGGUGAUGUAUUGAGUUCUUUUUUAUUUUGGCAGGGCAACCAUUGACUUGCCCCUUUAAUGACAGGGGAAGGCAGGACCAGCUGGAUAGUCAAAUAUCUGUUUCUUUAGUAAAAAGAUGAAAUAUGUUGUAAAUAUGUUCCUUGCCACUGUCGCCUAUGGCUUACUCACUGAGGGCUUUGGGUGAGGAUGCUGUAAAGCGCUUUGAGACAAGGUAAUGUUGUGAUAAUGCGCUAUAUAAAAAUAAAUUUGUUGUUUGUUGUUGUUGUAAAAA